CCAGCACGCCCUCAGCGGGCAUCAAGGAGACCCGGGCCACUCCGAACGUAAGUGCCCCGGCGGCCCUACCCUCAGCCCGGGCUCCUGUCCCCUAGACGCCUUCUUAUUUCUCCGUCAGUCCCGCUCGACGCGACGAUGCCGGCCUCUCUGGAGACCUGCCUCUCGGACCUCGACUGUCCCAGCAGCUCCAGCAGCAGCAGCAGCGAGAUGUCCGGCUUCCUCACCGAUGAGGAGGACUGUGCCAGGCUCCAGGCUCCGGCCUCUGCCUUGGCGUCGUCCGCGCCCGCUCGUAGGGGCGCGCCUGGGGCAGCCGAGGCUGUGGGGGUGCAGGACGAGGAGCAGGAGCGCCGGCGGCGCCGGGGCCGCACACGAGUGCGUUCCGAGGCUCUGCUGCACUCGCUGCGCAGGAGCCGGCGUGUCAAGGCCAACGACCGCGAGCGCAACCGCAUGCACAACCUGAAUGCUGCUCUGGACGCCCUGCGCAGCGUGCUGCCCUCCUUCCCCGACGACACCAAGCUCACCAAGAUCGAGACGCUGCGCUUCGCCUAUAACUACAUCUGGGCUCUGGCGGAGACACUGCGCCUGGCCGACCAGGGGCUGCCCGGGGGCGCUGCUCGGGAGCGCCUCCUGCCGCCACAGUGCGCCCCCUGCCUGCCCGCGCCCGCGAGCCCUGCCAGCGACGCCGAGUCCUGGGGCUCCGGGGCCGCUGCCUCCCCCUGUGCCGCCGCCGCUUCCCCACUCUCUGACCCCAGUAGCCCCGCAGCCUCGGAAGACUUCACCUAUGGCUCAGGCGACCCCCUCUUUUCUUUCCCAGGCCUGCCCAAAGACUUGCUCCACACUGCGCCCUGUUUCAUCCCUUACCACUAGGCUUUUUCUGGAUGCUUUUGCCUCCCCCUCCUGCUGUGAACAGACUGUAGAUGAGCCCCAGCUUCGGCUCCCAGACCCCCAGUCCAG